AAUUUAAGAUUUUUAGGAUUUCAUUUCAGGCCUCCUCUAAACAAUGCAAAUGAAUGUCCUCCAUUUUUUGACAGUCCAAAAUGCAUAUUUGAGUAAAGCAUAUAUUCUGUUUUGAAGAAAGAAACUGAUGCAUCUUGGAUGGCCUGAGGGUGAGUAAAUCCAGCAAAUUUUCAUUUUUGGGUGAACUAUUCAAGUCUUGUUCAUAUAAAUCUAACUAAUUUGAGUAAAUUUCAUGCUAACUAGAAAAAUAAAAAAAUGUGCCAAUGGGGCACCACCUUUUAAAAUUACUAAUUAUAAUUUUUUUUCAGUGCCAAUAUGCAAAAUUAAGCCUUUUAAGAAUUAAGGUCAUUAAGGGCCAUUUAGAUUUAGAAAAGGCUAUUUUCUUUAUGCAAAAUGUAGUUUUACAAUUUGAGGGUCAAAUAUGACCAGAACAUAUACUUUACUGAUAACCAUAUUCACGUACUAUGGCAUUUACACAAGUAUUUUAUAAAAUGCAUGGUGGUGUUAUGCAAUAUGCAAGAAAACAUCAAAAUUAAAAAUAAUGGUUUUGACUUGACAUGGUACCAUGUCCAAAACACAUGGUAUUACCAUGGUAUUUUGGUGGUUUUUCUGUUAAGACAUGCCACCAAGAACACGUUAAGGUCACUUCACCACAAAAGAAAUGACAUUUUACUUAAGCUUAUUUUUAAGAUUUAAUGUUGACAUUAUAUUCUUGACUAUUAUGCACCCCCUGUCCACUAAUUAUUUCCAUAAUUUACCGUAUUCCAAUCUCUUUACUGUAAUGUGGAAAAAUGGUAUUUAAAAAAUGUAUUUGUCAUGGUGGUAUGAUUUAAAAAUUACUAAGACAAUAGUGUAAAAUGGUCAGAAGGUUGCUGUACCUGAAAGUCCUGAAAGUAAUCAGAAUUGCAUUUGAAUACAACUGAAUUUAUUGACAUGAAAAUGUUGCACUGCGAAAAAUAUUAAUGGUCCUAAAAAUAGACUUUUUUCUUCAUUUUGUGAAAUGUGACCUGCGCAUGUUUUUGUAAGAUUCUACCCCAAAAUCAGUGUCUUACACAUUACAGCUGUUCCCCUCUAAAGCGUCUACAGAAUGUUAUGGGUUAUGCUGAACCAUGUUUUAUUUUAUUUUUAUUUUUUUUUUUUCUGUAAAAGGUCAAAGCACACUUCUGUGUCUCCCUACCUGUGUGUGUGUGUGUGUGUGUGUGUGCGCGCGCAUAGAGUUGCUACAUCUGUUUUUGAAUGAAGAUUACUUUGAGUAACUAGAAUCCAUGACAUGGGGCUUAAUUUGUGGGAUAAAAUGAUUUCUAGAUCAUAAAACUGUGCCAGUUGGUUGGUUUUCCAGUGUUCAUACUUCAAUGGUUUCUUCUCUCUCGCUCUGUUCACUAAUAUAAUUUUUAUCCAUUCUGUUUGUCGCAUUAAAUUAGAUGUUCUACCUUCCACUCCCAUUGGUGCAGAAAUGCUGUUCGUGCCUUGCAGAAAUUUCUGCAUCCACGCCAAGGGUCACACACACCUGAUCACCAUGCGCACACUUCUGCUCACCAAACUAACACAAUCUCAUGAUUUUUAUCUAAGUGUGUUCAAUCUCAAAUGGCAAAUUCUACUGAAAAUGAAGAAACUGACACGGUAGGAAGGGUAAGAACACUCUUUGUCAGUGGCCUGCCUGUUGACAUUAAGCCACGUGAGCUUUACCUGCUGUUCAGACCCUUCAAGGGAUAUGAAGGAUCUCUGAUAAAGCUGACCUCAAAACAGCCUGUGGGAUUUGUUACCUUUGACUGUCGGUCUGGGGCAGAAGCGGCCAAGAACGCGUUGAAUGGAAUCCGUUUCGAUCCAGAGAGUCCUCAGACGCUGCGUCUGGAGUUUGCUAAAGCCAACACAAAGAUGGCGAAGAGCAAACUGAUGGCCACACCGAACCCUUCCAAUCUGCACCCAGCUCUAGGUGCACACUUCAUCGCACGUGACCCAUAUGACCUGACGGGGGCAGCACUGAUUCCAGCAUCCCCCGAGGCAUGGGCUCCAUAUCCUCUGUACACCACUGAACUGACUCCAGGGCUGCCUCAUGCUGCCUUCACCUACCCUGCUGCUGCUGCAGCUGCCGCCGCCCUGCACGCCCAGAUGCGCUGGUACCCGACACCUUCUGAAAGUUCGCAACCAGGGUGGAAGUCACGCCAGUUUUAAGUUCAAAUGCCAUAAAUUCAGUUCCGCACAUUUAGUUUUCUACUCCCAUUUGAAGGGGAACUGGGCUCAAUAUUUAAUUUAAUUAGGUUUAUUUAAUGGACGCAUGAAGGAUUAUUUUAGCAGAGGAUAUCUACUCUAAAGCUCUCUGAGAACGCGGUGAGACGCAGAGGACUCUUGACAAACCUCAUGGUACGGUCCCAUUUCAAAACUUGCGCUUGACGAGCCAGUCAUGUGCAGACGUCAGUGUUUCAAGCUGCUCUUUUUUUUUUUUUGGCGGGGGGUUCAUUCUGCAUGCAUUAACGCAUGAGUUUUAGAAUGCAAAAUGUCAUGUCUGCUCAUUUGCGUUCGUGUUGCCACGACUAGACGUCCCAGUUAACCCUAAAUGUUUUCAGAAUCUUUCAUUUUUGCAGUUUUUUUUUUUUUUUUUUUUUAAACUGAUAUGCACUGGUUAUUUGUUGCUGUGUGUGAACUCUUCAGCAGAUUAGUUUGUUUUCAGAUCUUUAAUCUUCUAUCCUGUUCUCACCGAAUCUGCUCUGUCUGCUUGGAGAAUAUUGAACAAAAAAAAUGUACAACUAUUUUUGUACAUUGGUGUAAUGAAUAUUUAUGCAUUUUUGUGCAAUUAAAUAAGUAUAUAUGUAUGAGCAGUUUAUAGUGUUUCCUUGUGUUUUAUGUUGAGGGAGGUUGAGUCUAAUAACCUGUUUAAAGUAAAUAAGUGCAAUUCUUGAUUUAUUUUUUGAUGCUCUGUUACAUACUGAAGUUUCCAGACUGUGGCAGUACUGCAAGAUUAAACGGACUGCUAACAUGAGAUUGCUGUAUUAUAUUAAAAAGAGAAAAAUGCUGAUUUUCAGAAUGUGAAACUGGAGAAUAAAAAAAAUCUUGAGGA